AUGAUAGAUGAUUGGCAAGAUUGGCUUCGUCAUUUCUUCAAUCCAAUGCUUCUUAUUAGAGAUUCCAAGAAGUACCCUGAUGAGAAGCGUAAUGAGUGGAAAGAGAAGUUGAUGCUUGUACAAAUAUUGUCCCUUCCUUCGAAUGAGAAUAAUCCAGAGAUGAUUGAAGUAGUCACAUAUGACCUUCUCAGGACAGUAAUGACAUUGGCAAUAGGGGAGCAAAUCAAAGAGCACACCUCCCUAAUCUAUAGAGGGAGUGACACAAAAGAUGAUGAGUUUGAAUUCGAGAGUCAUGAGGAAUCUAAUGAAGAACCAAGCAAGGGGGACAUCAAUGAAGAAGAGGAUGAUGAUGAUGACGAUGAGGACGAGAGUGAAGAUGGGGAUGAUGGAGAUGACUCCAACUCUCCAAGUGAUGAUGAGUACCAAGACUAG